AUGGUUAACAAAAUCGACGUCCUAAUAUGCGGCUCCGGUUCCGCGGGCAUCUUCGCAGGAACCUGGCUCGCCCGCUACGGAAUUCCCUUCACGAUGCUCGAGCGCCGGGCAGGCCCCAUGGAGAUCGGCCAAGCAGACGGCGUGCAGUGCCGGACGGUCGAGAUCUACGAAUCAUUUGGCCUGUCAGAAGAACUCCUUCGCGAAGCGUACCAUAUCCUAGAGGUAUGUUUCUGGGGUGAUGAUGGGAGUGGCGGGAUUGAAAGGAAGAGCAGGGCGAUGGAUACGGAGAAUGGAUUGAGUCAUAUGCCGCAUGUUAUUUUGAAUCAGGCGAGGAUGAAUGGGUUGAUGCUGGGGAAGAUGGAUGAGCUGAGUGGUGGGGAGAAGAGGAUUGAGUAUGGGUGGGAGAUUAAGAGGGUGGAGGUUGAUGAAGGGCUGGUUGGAGAUCCGCAAAAUUACUGCUGUAAGGUUGUGGCAGAGAAAGACGGGAAAGAGGAGACGUGGUUGGCAAAGUACGUCUUGGGAUGCGACGGAGCCCACAGUAUCGUACGCAAAAGCCUAGGCUACGAGAUGAUCGGCGAUACCACCGAUACAGUCUGGGGUGUCAUGGACAUCUAUCCUCAAACAAACUUUCCCGAUAUCCGUCGAAAGUCCACAAUACACUCAUCGUCAGGUAACAUACUAAUCAUCCCACGGGAAGGAGGCUCGCUCGUCCGCUUCUACAUUCAACUGCCUCCUGGCUCACGAGCAAAAGACGUCAAGCUAGAAGAUCUGCAAAAUACUGCAAAGAAGAUCUUCGCUCCAUAUCACAUGAACUUCGCCGACACGUUCUGGUGGAGCGCCUAUAGCAUUGGCCAACGCAUAGCCGAUAAUUUCCACAAGGACUAUCGCGUCUUCCUGACGGGCGAUGCAUGCCACACACAUUCGCCCAAGGCUGGCCAGGGCAUGAACGUCUCGCUGCAGGAUGGAUACAAUCUUGGCUGGAAGCUAGCUUCAGUACUUCGCGGUAUAUCACCACAGUCCUUGUUGCGCACGUACGUACUCGAGCGUACAAAGACCGCCGCAGACCUAAUCGCCUUCGACCGGGUCUUCUCGAAGAAGUUCUCGUCAAAGGAGGAGCGCCCCGGCGAGUUUGCAGAAUAUUUCGUGAAGAGCGGGAGGUACACUGCGGGAUUCACAGCGCAGUAUGAAGACUCGGAGUUGACAGAUUCGAAGGGUAGCAGGCAGACAUUGGCAAAGAACUGUGCCGUUGGCAUGCGUUUCCCAAGUGCGCAGGUCAUACGGUUCUGUGACUGUAAGGCCAUGCAAUUGCAGCGCGUGUUGCAGAGCAAUGGGCGGUGGCGAGUUGUGGUCUUUGCCGGUAAUAUUAAUAAGUCAGAUUACAGGUUGAGGCUUGAGAAGCUUGCACAAUUUCUUGACCCUCUCGCUCGUAUCCUCACACCUGCCGGUGCAGACAUCGACGAUCUCAUUGAGCCGAUCGUAGUGUUGAGGAGCAAAUUUCUGGAAACACAGCAGGAACAGAUACCCGGAUAUUACUGGCCUGCGACAGGAAAAUGGAGGAUACGAGAUCUCCGCAAGGUAUACGUUGAUGACGAGCAUUACAAUUCAGGGCACGGGCAUGCUUAUGAGAAGUACGGAGUAGAUCCGGAGGUUGGCGCCGUCGUCAUUGUCAGACCGGAUCAAUAUGUGUCGAAAGUCACGGCGUUGGAAGACUUUGAUGGCAUUAGAGCCUUCUUCAAGGGUUGCAUUGUGAAAAGCGAGAGUUCGAACGGUAAGCUGUAG